AUGAAUAAACUAAGCCAGGAUGAUAUUACAGCUAUGGAAAACCAACUGCGUAGUAACAUGGACGAAGAUAAAAAGUAUUGGCGAGUGAAUGACGUCAAAUGUGACGCGAUCCAUACAGCAAAGACGUACGAAGAAUUCGCAGAUAGAGUCGCCGCUGCGCAUUUGCGACCUUUGGAGAGGAGUGACUACAAAAACAAGACUUUUCGAGGAUGGAAUCAAUUUGCGAGGAAGAGAGAAUAUGAGGAAUAA